GAGUCAGAAUAUUAACUUUCUUAUUGUUUUAUUUAUGUGGCGAUGUUUUUGUUCAUGGGGUGCAAACAAUCAAGGAUAUUUCCAUUUAUUCUUUUAAUUAUUUUUCAUGUUACUCUCGGACAAAACAUGAAACAUCUUGCGAUGUGUUGAGAUCUUAUUAAUCCCAGUUUCUUGGUCAAUUGGGAGAAAGUUCCCAGGAAUGUUUGCUGAUUAAGUCACACAAAACUCUUAAUAUUUCUAUUAAAAUGAUCAAAAUAAAAAACCGAAAAGCAAAGAAAAAUCUCUACAAGGUUUAGUGUGUAGAUUUUAUUGAUGGGCUGAGUUGUAGCAAAAAAACUAAACAAAUACAACCAAAACCAUGAGCAGCUCUUCUGCUUUACUUCCAAUGAGCUUAAAGGUGGAAUUAAAGUUUGGAUUAUUGGAAAGAAGAAACGUACGAUGGCGUAUCAGUGCCAUGUAGAAAGGAAAAAAGAAGCAUAUUUUUGCCAAAAAACUCAAAAUAUAAGAAAUUAGCUAGAAAAAAAAACGUUGAAAUUUAUGAGUUUCAAAAGUUGAAAAUGUACUAGAAAGAGAACGACAUUUUGAAUUCAAUCUAAAAAAUAUUCCAAUUUUUUUUUUUUUCAACUUUAGGAAAUCUUCUUAAACUUCCUCUUUCUUUUUAAUUGAUCUCAUAUUUUCGACUUCUUAAACUCAUAAAUUGCCUAUUUUUACUAUAAGAUUUCUGAGAUUAAUCUCAAAAUGUCUUUAUUUAAAUCACCGCUCCAGCCCCGUUUUCUGUCUAUAAUGGCCCAGAAAUACCUUCACAGUUUUCUGUGAAAAAUCAGCCGGACUGUGAUCCUCCAACGUGUCCUGCUUCGCGUCGUUCUGGGAUUUGUAGUCCCUUUAGUGACCACGUUCGGUACAUCUGCAUCACUUCCGGUUUCCUUAAAGAACUACAAGCGGCCCGGCGGUGCUCUGAGGAAAACAGCGGAGGUUUUCCGGUUGGGAACCAAAAUGCUGGCCGUCCUGCCGGCGCUGCUGCUGCUGCUGCUGCUCAGCUCCAGGUCGGCCUGCGGCGUCUUCCAGAAGCUUUACUGCAGCUUCUCAGACAGCUGCGACUGCGACUUCAAGCCCAACAUCAGAGACUUGGAGUGGGACCUGUACAAGAAUGUCUUCGGUCAGCACCUGGCCCAGGACCUGGUCGCAGAAGAGGUUUCCAGGUUCCUCCUCAAUAAGAGCCCGGAUCGGCCCCUGGUUCUGUCCUUCCACGGCUCCUCUGGGACCGGGAAGACGCUGGUCAGCACCAUGCUGGGGAACCACCUGUACGGCUCGGCCAUGAGCAGCCCCUUCGUCCACCAGUUCGUCCCCGCGCUCCACUUCCCUUCAGCCGAGCGCGUCGCUCAGUACCAGAAUCUGCUGGUUUUGAAGCUGUGUUGCUCUGGUUGGCAGGCGGAGCUGAAGAACUGGGUGAAGGGAAACCUGACGGCCUGCUCGCGCUCCGUCUUCAUUUUUGAUGAGAUGGAGAAGAUGCCUGUAGGCCUGAUCGACGUCCUGGAGCCGUUCCUGGGUCCGUCCCACGUUGUGUUUCGCACCAACUACAGGAAGGCCAUCUACGUCUUCAUAAGCACCGCGGGACAGGAGGCGAUACACCAGCUGGUUCUGGAGAACCGGCGGGCUGGACGGGACAGAGACGAGAUCAAACCGUCCGACCUGCAGGAAGUCGUCCAGCAAUCGGUUUACAGCAACAAAACCAGUGGGCUCUACCUGUCCAGCAUCGUCCAGCAGAAUCUCAUCACUCGCUUCGUCCCCUUCCUGCCGCUGACCCGGACCCACGUGGAGCGCUGCGUCCGCGCCCAGCUCUGCCAGCGCGGCAGCUGUAACCGUGACGACGUGGUGGAGGCGGUGGGAGGAGACAUGACCUAUGACCCCGCAGAGGGACACUACUUCUCCACCACGGGAUGCAAGGCGGUCGCUGCGAAGAUCAGCUUCUUCCUGUGAGCCCCAGCCGGACGGUUCUGGUUCCACUGGGAGGAAAACGCCUCCGAUCCGCUUUCAGGACGCAGGAUUUGAACCGACGACCCGAUGCUCAUGGGUAACCGGAGGGAAAAAUGUGAAGGCAGAAAGCAGCAGGAGGAAACAAACCGCAGCAGCAGAGUUUGGUGGCUGCUGCCUCUUCUGGGUCUGAACCAGGAAUCCUGUCUACCAUGGAGAUGACAGACAGAAAAACUCUGAAGUUUACAGAUUCAUCCAAGAAAUUUCUGAGCUCCAAAAGUGAAAAAUUCAAAAAUCUGAA